AUGGAUGAUCAUGGGUUUCAGCGGCUGACAUGGCUAGCCCUGAGAUAUGCUGGCGCACCACAAGCUAAGAACCUGAGUACUUCCAGAGUGAGCAAGCAAUCUCCUUCCAUGAUGAAAACCCAAAGACCAAAGCGUCAGCAUGAGCCACUCAACAUGGAAAGUUACAAAGACAGGGUCAACACACUGUUGGUGGUGGCAACACUAGUGGCCACUGUGACCUUUGCGGCUGGUUUCACGAUGCCAGGAGGAUUUAACAGUUCCGAUGAUCCACACAAAGGCAUGGCAGUUCUCCUUGAAAAGCGUAUGUUCUGCGUCUUCCUCAUAAGUAAUACCAUAGCUAUGUAUAGUUCCAUCAUUGUUGACAUUCUUCUCUUUUGGGCACUUAUGAAUGAUCUAAGAUUGGGCCUCAGUUCUCUCGAAGUAGCAGUACCCUUGUUGGGAAUAUCUCUUUUAAUGGUCUCCUUGGCCUUCAUGGCAGCUAUUUAUCUAGUAGUGAGCAACCUCACUUGGCUUUCCGCUGUUGUUCUAAUCAUUGGCUCUCUCUCUCUCCUCACUCUUUCGCUACUAAUUCUUCCUCUCUCCUUCCCAAUUUCCUUGCACCAUCGCAUCUCUCCGUACAUCAUCCGCUAUCCAUUUUAUCUUUUGAUAUUAGUAAUGGAAAGAAUCAGUACCAAGGAAUAAUCAGAUGCAUGCCCUCUUUCUGGCCUUUUGUGAAAUGCAAAAAUUUGGUUGUAUUGUCUAAGGCCUCAUCCAUCUGUUCUGUAGUAUUGCUGUCCUUGUUGGUUUAGUGUGUGUGUUUGCAUAAGCAGUUUGUGCGUGUAAGCUUGCGGUUUUUUAUGUUCUUGAUAACUGGUCUUUUGGAGGGAAUGGUCUACUCCCUUGUACUCUGAGGAUUCACCCUCUGUUUACUACUAGUUUUUGUUUAAUAUUUGCUUUAUGUUGUAAUGAGCCAACUGGAAUGAUAUCUUAUCAGAGCAGUGGUAUUUGGACUUAAACUUUUGGCAGAAUACUUGAAUAUAAUAUAUUUGAUCUAACUUUUUUUAUA